UAGGUGACUUGGGCAGCAUCUCCGAGCGAGGCACAUGGGCUGUUCCUGGGUAGCAGUACUGGCCGCUGGUGGAGCUGCUGCUCUCUCUCCCAAGCCUGCCAAAACAAGCUCUUCAAGUUUGGGGCUCUGCUCAAAAGAAACUGAAAGCGGGAUUCUCUUGCCUGCCUCUCCGAGCUCUGCACCGGGCACGCAGCGAGGCCAGCACAGAUGGAUUUAAUACUAGUCCUUUGGGCUUGCGUGGCCUCUGCGAGAGCAGUUGCUGGAUUUGGAACGGAUCCCAAUUUACAAAUUGAUAUUAUCACAGAACUGGAUCUUGUGAAUACAACUAUUGGAGUUACGCAAGUGUCAGGACUACAUGCUAGCAAAGCAUUUUUAUUCCAAGAUGUAGAACGAGAAAUCCAUGCAGCACCCUACAUGAGUGAGAAGUUAAUUCAGCUCUUUCGGAAUAAAAGUGAGUUCACGUUUCUGGCCACCCUGCAACAGCGGGCAUCAACUUCUGGAGUUGUACUGUCCAUCCGAGAGUUGGAGCACAGCUACUUUGAACUGGAGAGCAGCGGCCUGAGGGACGAGAUUAGAUAUCACUAUAGAUUUAAUGGAAAGGCAAGAACAGAGGUGUUCCCGUACCGGAUGGCAGAUGGACAGUGGCACAAGAUUGCACUGUCACUUAGCGCAUCCCACCUUCUGCUUCAUGUUGAUUGCAACAGGAUUUAUGAACGUGUCAUAGAUCCUCCAGAAAUGAAUCUAACGCUAGGAAGCAGUUUAUGGCUAGGACAGCGGAACAGGAAACAUGGUUUUUUUAAGGGUAUCAUUCAAGAUGUGAAAGUCAUUUUUAUGCCCAAUGGAUAUUUAACUCAGUGUCCUAAUCUGAAUCGCACAUGCCCAACCUGCAGUGAUUUCUUAAGUCUGGUGCAAGGAAUCAUGGAUUUACAAGAGCUCCUGGCAAAAAUGACUGCAAAACUAAAUUAUGCAGAAACGAGACUUAAUCAAUUGGAAAACUGUCAUUGUGAGAAGACUUGUCAAGUAAAUGGAGUGAUCUAUCGAGACAAAGACUCAUGGGUAGAAGAUGAUCACUGCAGGAAUUGCACAUGCAAAAGCGGAGUAGUGGAGUGCCGAAGGAUGUCCUGUCCCCCUCUGAACUGUGCUCCUGAUACCCUCCCAGUGCAUAUGGGAGGCCAGUGCUGCAAAGUAUGCAGGUCUAAGUGUAUCUUUGGAGGCAGAGUGUUAGCAGAAGGUCAAAGGGUUUUAACCAAGAACUGCAGGGAAUGUCGAAAUGGAGUUUUAGUAAAAGUAACAGAGACCUGUCCUCCAUUGAACUGCUCAGAAAAAGAUCACAUUCUUCCAGAGAACCAAUGCUGCAGUGUUUGCAGAGGUCAUAACUUUUGUGCAGAAGGCCACAGAUGUGGUGAAAAUUCAGAGUGCAAAAAUUGGAACACAAAAGCUACUUGUGAAUGCAAGAAUGGUUAUAUCUCUAUCCAGGGGGACUCUGCAUAUUGUGAAGAUAUUGAUGAGUGCGCUGCUAAGAUGCAUUAUUGUCAUGCCAAUACAGUGUGUGUUAACCUGCCUGGAUCAUAUCGUUGUGACUGUGUCCCAGGAUACAUCCGUGUGGAUGAUUUUUCAUGUACAGAGCAUGAUGAAUGUGGCAGCGGACAGCACAACUGUGAUGUGAAUGCAAUCUGUACUAACACUGUCAGGGGACAUAGCUGCACCUGCAAAUCUGGAUACGUGGGGAAUGGGACCAUCUGUCGAGCAUUCUGUGAAGAGGGAUGCAGAUACGGUGGGACAUGUGUGACCCCUAACAAGUGUGCCUGCCCUUCUGGAUUCACAGGGAGUCAUUGUGAGAAAGAUAUUGAUGAAUGUGCAGAGGGGAUCAUUGAGUGUCACAACCAUUCACGCUGUGUUAACCUCCCGGGGUGGUACCACUGUGAGUGCAGAAGCGGUUUCCAUGACAAUGGAACCUACUCACUUUCCGGGGAAUCCUGUAUUGAUAUUGAUGAAUGUGCCUUAAGGACCCACACCUGUUGGAACGAUUCAGCCUGUGUGAAUUUGGCGGGAGGUUUUGACUGUCUGUGUCCCUCAGGACCAUCUUGCACUGGUGACUGCCCGCAUGAAGGUGGCUUGAAGAGGAAUGGUCAGGUGUGGACGCUGAAGGAAGAUAGGUGCUCUGUUUGUUCCUGUAAGAACGGGAAGAUAUUUUGCCGGCGAACAGCUUGCGAUUGUCAGAACCCCAGCGUUGAUCUCUUUUGCUGCCCAGAGUGUGACACAAGAGUGACCAGUCAGUGUUUAGACCAAAAUGGUCAUAAGCUGUAUCGUAGUGGGGACAACUGGACCUACAGCUGUCAGCAGUGCCGUUGUCUGGAAGGGGAAGUGGAUUGUUGGCCUCUUUUAUGCCCAAAUCCAAACUGUGAGUACACCGCAACCUCAGAAGGAGAGUGUUGCCCCCGCUGUGUCAGUGAUCCCUGUCUGGCUGAUCAGAUCACUUACGAUAUCAGAAAAACCUGUGUAGACGGCUAUGGAAUCACAAGGCUCAGUGGCUCUGUAUGGACAAUGGCUGGAUCUCCAUGUACAACUUGCAGAUGCAAGAAUGGGAAUGUCUGCUGUUCUGUGGAUUUAGACUGUCUUCAAAAUAACUGAAGCAUUAAGAUUGGACUCUGUGAGGAAAACUGACGCAGUUAACAUCUAAAAUGAAGUUGUAAGAGUUGGUGUUUUAUACAACAGACAAUUCCAAAGUCUCCACCUGAGGAAGAUGUUUGGGAGUUGCCUUUGGGACCUACCACAAUGCUAUCCUUGUCUGGGUGACUUUACAGUACAAAGCAUAUAAGUCUAUGGUUGUUAAAAAAGUUUUCAGUGUUGUAAAUUAUACACUUUUCCUGUCACAUCAUUUACAAAUACCUUUAAAUUAUUUCAUGGGUAAACUAAUGAUGUAAUUUUGGUUUAAUUUGUGUAUUGACAACAUGAUUGAAACUCAGAUUAUUUUACUUUCAAUCUAGACAACUAAGGCUGCCUGUUGUGAUUUUGUCCCAUAAUACUGCAUACUUAGUUCUAAGGUCCCUGUCAGAUGUAUUUAUGAAAAUAUGUAUGUAUGUACAGUCAAAUUGCAUAAUACUUAUAUUUCAUAGCUGUCACACAUUGUAAAACAUUCCAAAGUACAUUUGACUUGUACAGGCUGGAAGUAAUCAAACCUACGUUUACCUUAAAAAAAAAAAAAAAAAAAGCAUUUUCUUUUCCAAACAUACAAACUAGCAGCAGAAUUCCUGGAUUGAGCAGUAAAGCACAUAUCCAGGAAACAAUGCCCCUUAUUGAGAGGUUUAGAAGAGUGGUCAAGUUUGCAAGUGACACUACAAAUACUGGAUGUUGGUGACAUUCAUCUGGAUUGUGAAGCAAUCAAAGACCUUGAAACUUGUAUAUUUAGAAUGGGGUGGGCAUGUUUAUAUUGCAGUUGAACAUGCACUGCUGGUCUGUGGCAGCCGAUUUGUGGAGCUUACGCUACUGGGCUAUAAAAUUGCCAUGUAGACAUUUGGGCUCAGGCUGGAACCUGAGCUGGAGAACCCU